AAAUAUUAUGGGCCAAAGUUUAUCACUUAGUGCAGCCUCAAUAGCACGUUGCCUUGUGUUUCAUCAGUUCGAAGAAUGGCAGACGACAUCAAGCAGUACUUGUUCCGUGUGGAUCAAGCCGAAAAGGAAAUCGACCAGCUCAAGGCAGAAAUCAAAGUGCUUCAAGAUUCUUCAAAUGUUCCUGAUGUUGGAAGUGUCUCUUCAGCUGUGGAAAAACUGCAGACUGAAAAUGCCAAGUUGACUUAUCAGCUAAAUCAUCUGAAACGGUUUCUCCAAGAAGAACAUUUGAGGGAACGUUCUUGCUCGGUCAGUGUUCAGUGCAUGCUUGAAGAUGUCUUCCGCAUGGCAAUUAUGUCAGCAUUUCCAGAGCUGGAGUCACCAGCAGUUAUGGUCACUCCUAGUUCAAAGAUGGCUGACUACCAGUGCAACAGUGCCAUGAGUCUUGCUCAGCUGAUUGGGAACAGUGGUGGCAAGAAGAUCAACCCAAGAGAGGUAGCUCAAGCCAUUGUGGACAAGCUUCCUGAAACCGACUUCUAUGAAAAGGUGGAGGUAGCGGGUCCAGGUUUCAUCAAUGUUUACCUAAGCAAGGAUUUUGUGGCCAGAGAGCUUCGCACUACACUAGUCCAGGGUAUACGUCCACCCCAGUCUUACCAAAACGUUGUCAUUGACUUUUCAUCACCUAAUAUUGCCAAGGAGAUGCAUGUUGGUCACCUGAGGUCAACCAUCAUUGGGGAGAGCAUUAGUCGCCUGCUGGAGUGGGUGGGGCAUGAUGUGCUGCGGAUCAAUCACCUGGGAGACUGGGGCACACAGUUUGGGAUGCUUAUAGCCCAUUUACAGGAUAAGUUUCCCAAUUUUCUUAAGGAAACACCCCCAAUUUCAGAUCUGCAGGCCUUUUACAAGGAAUCAAAGAAGCGCUUUGAUGAAGAUGAAGAAUUCAAAAAAAGGGCCUAUGAAUGUGUUGUAAAGUUACAGUCAUAUGAACCUGUGCACUAUAAGGCAUGGCAGAUGAUUUACCAAAUUUCCAUGAAUGAGUUUCAGAAGGUGUAUGACCGUCUUCAAGUGCACCUAGUAGACCGUGGAGAGUCAUUUUACCAGGAGAGGAUGAAGGUGCUGAUGAAGGAGUUGAUAGAUAAAGGUAUUGCUGAAAAGGACGAGGAAGGCAGGAUAGUUAUGUUCGUGCCUGGUUACCAGGUGCCUCUGAUCCUGGUCAAAUCUGAUGGUGGCUACACAUAUGACACCUCUGACCUUGCUUGCAUCAGGCAAAGGCUGCAGGAGGAGAAAGGAGAAUGGCUGAUAUAUGUUGUGGACUCUGGACAGAGUACCCAUCUAAACACAAUUUAUGAAGCAGCCCGACAUCUAGGCUGGAUAGAUCCAGCCAAGCAUCGAGUAAAGCAUGUUGGCUUCGGAGUUGUGCUUGGAGAAGACAAGAAGAAGUUCAAGACGCGGUCUGGCGAGACGGUCCGGCUGGUGGACUUGCUGGACGAGGGCGUGCGCCGUGCGGAGGCCAAGCUGAAGGAGAAGGAGCGAGACAAGGUUCUGUCGACUGAAGAGAUGGACCGCGCCAUGAAGGCGGUAGCGUACGGCUGUGUCAAGUACGCCGACCUGUCACACAAUCGCACCAAAGACUACGUCUUCUCCUUCGAUAAAAUGCUGGAUGACAGAGGGAACACCGCGGCCUAUUUGCUGUAUGCCUACACACGUAUCAGAUCAAUUUCUCGCCUGGCCAACGUCACACCAGAACAGUUGAAACAGUCAGCAUACACAAAGCCUUUGGAACUGACCCACAACGCUGAGUGGAAGCUGGCCAAAUGUGUUUUGCAGUUCUCAGAUGUUGUGGUUCGAAUCCUCAACGACCUGUACAUGCAUACAUUAUGCGAAUACCUGUAUGAACUUACCACAGUCUUCACCGAUUUCUACGAAAACUGCUACUGCGUUGAGAAGGAUAAGACAACAGGGGAAAUAAUAAAAGUAAACAUGAGUCGUCUGCUUUUGUGUGAGGCCACAGCCAGUACCAUCAACACAGCUUUCCACAUCCUUGGUGUGUCUCCUGUUGACAAGAUGUAACAGCCUGUGUAAUUCUGACCACCUUUGACAGUAUUGUUAGGAUCAAUCUUUGGUGCAGUCUUGCAAUCCCUAUCAAAUUAAAAAUAUCUUUUAAGGCUUUUUUUCUUGUCUCAUUUACAUAUGCAGACAUUUAUUUCAUGUACAAUACCUGGUGCUAUUCUUUGACUUCGAUGGCUGCCUACGAAA